AUGGAAACAUAAUACUUUAAUCCAUUCUAUGCCUUAUGUUAGGCUUGCCCUGGUUAAAGCAGAGCUUAAAAAGGGAUAGUCUCAUUCGAUUGUAAGUGUCCUGGAAUAAACGAUUAUUCUUUAGUAGGUGGUGAUCGCUGUAAGUAUGACAAAACUAAUUUACCUUCUACAAAUUAAUUUUAUAAGCAAAUAUAAGAAAACGGUGAUGUUAUACCAUUUAAUUAAUAAGCCGAUCCCCCUAUAGUAAUUUGCAAUAAUGAAAGCAUAGUUAAAAGCUUACCUGACGGUACUAAAUAUUGUCAUAGAUGUAACCCUAUAGAUUAAAAUAUUAAUUAAUAUGAAUUUAAGGCCAAUUUAGGCAUUAAUAUUUGCGUAUGUAAAAAUUUCGAUUAAGGAAGAGACAAUGAAUAUAAUGUUUAAUCUUUGAGAUGUAGUGACGGAUCAACAAACAUUUAUUAGCCACAAACAGUAAAUCUUAUGGAUAUGCCCUUUGGACCUAUAACUGAUGUAAAAUCUUAAGUACUUGCCUAUUAUUUAUUAGAUGCCAUCUAUAAAUGUUCUAAUAAAGACAUGAAGGGAUGUUAAGUGUUAGGUAAUUUAUGUGUACUUUCUUGGUAUAAUUUUGAUGAAUAACCUUGCUAAAAAUUCAAAUAAUUAGCUCCUACAUCAUCAUCAAAUAAUGGUUGGAAUAGAUAAACUAAUUACCCUCAUUUACUUUUCUAAGAUAAACUUACAAUCGAGAAUAUUUGGCAAGGAGUUUAAUAUGAAGCUAAUUUAACUUUCCGAGAAUCUGAUGUAAAUGAAACAACUCCUAAUAAAGAAUUAAUUCCAAUACCUGUAAAAGUAAUGUAGACUAGAAAUAAUAAUAUUGAAUAAUAUGUAACAAGAUUUACAGUCUUUGAUAAUAUAUCAGGAUUUGUAAUUGAUGAAAAUUUAAAAGAUGCAGAAUUAGAUAAAGUUAAAGCUAGAUUAUAUUAAUAAAAAGCUGCUUUGCCUAAACCUAAUGUUUAAAAAAUAUAUAUUCCUUAUAUAACAAUAUCUUAUGAAUAUGUAGAAAUAUUAUAAAAUGAAAGAAUUAUUAGUAAUUUAUAAGCAUAUGCUGAAUUUAAUAGUUAUUAUAAUCAUGAUUCUUAAGGUUUCUGGCCUGUUGCAAAGGCUAUAUUUAUUACUUUGAAUGUAUUUAUUUAUAGAACUGUUUCACUUGAAUGGAGCUUAUUUUGGGUAGGUUUUUUCCUCACUGGCCUAGACUGGAUAAAUCUUUAACAUUCUUAACCUAAUUUAUAGAUAGUUGAUGUUGAUGUAUCUGAGAAAAAUCCUGUAUUGAGAUAUUUUAUAUCAUGUAUAGUAUAUUUAUUAACAGGUAUAAUAUAAAUAAUUUUCCGAAGAAUGAUAAUUAUAUGGGUCCCGACUUAAAUUUAGAAUUUUACAGAUUUAUGUUCUGUUGCUAAUAUAUCUAUUUUUAUAAUGGACGAGUAGCUCCACGGCUAUUAUUUACACGGAAAAUCAGCUUCAGGCUGUUCGGAAGGAAACAGUAAUUGGCUUAAAUAAUCUUUAGACCGAGAAGCUAAAAGCUCUAAUUCCAGAGGAUUAAUAAAGGGAGAUAAUCUAUAGACAUUCGAGACUUUUCUUCCUGUAGACUUGCGUUUUGAAUAUAAUUAAGAAUAUAAAGUUUAAUUCGAUUUAGUUAGGGCUAAAUAUAAUACAGAUUAGAAGAUAUUAGGAAAAACAGUAAGCCGAGAAAUGAUAAUAGAAAUGGAAAAAUAUCAAUUUAAAGACCAUAUUACUAAUGUAUUGAAAACAUAUAUCAAAGAAAUGGAAAUUCAUCACAAUAAUCAUGUUUUAAUUAAAGGAAUUUCUUAAAGAUUACUGAAAAUGCCUCCAACAGAUGGAAUUUAAUAAGGAUUACCUUUUUUUUAUAAAGAUCCAGAUAUGGAAUAUAAAAGUAUUUUUUAUUGUGGAAAUGAAUGGAAUAUAUUACUAUUUGAAAUGAUUACUUAUCUUUUUUAUGAUUAUCUAACUAAAAGUACACUACAAGCUAUUUUUAUAACUUAUGUAUUUAGUAAAUUCUUUAGCUUUAUAAGGGAUUAUUUUGGAAAAAGAAAUAUAUCAGAAAAAACUAUGGUUGAUGAAAGGUUUCUAAUUUGA